CCAAUUAAGAGUUCAUUCAACAGAUUUCACAAUGACGGACAUCGCAGUUGUAACUUCAACACCCGCUCCAGUCGUGGCCAAGACUAGUCCUAAGAAGAUGGUCACGGCAAAGGCCAAACCUGCCGCUUCUUCUCACCCGAACACUGCGAUCAUGGUUAUCGCAGCGGUUAAGGAACUUAAGGGCAAGAAAGAUUCGAGUCUGCAGGGAAUCAAGAAGUUCAUGGCCGCUAACUACAAGGUCGAUUCGACCAAAUUAGCUCCGUUCAUCCGCAAAUUCCUAAAGGCUCCCGUCGCAAAAGGACUUUUGGUUCAAACCAACGGUUCAGGUGCAUCGAGUCAUUUCAAAAUGGCCACGGAGACGAUAAAAUCCGUUCCUAAGAAGAAGAUCGUUGCCAAGAAACCAGCUGCCAAAAAGGCGCCUGUUGCUGCAGCCAAAAAAAAGGUUAGAAAAAAAUUCACAUUUCUGUGA